AUGUUGACUGAGACCAAGUGGUAAAACGCCCUUCCAACUACAAGUCCCAGUAUGCUUUGCGACAGAAGAAGCAGGACGGCCGUCGCACCUGCGCACGCACAGCUUACUCACUUCCAGGAGACUACAUUGCCCGCCGGCGUGGCUUAGACCGCAGCAAAGGGGCCGGUAGUGGAGCAAGGAAAGAAUGUGGGUUUUCGGUUACGGGUCCCUGAUCUGGAAGGCGGACUUUCCCUAUCAGGACAAGCUGGUGGGGCACAUCACAGGCUACAACAGGCGCUUCUGGCAGGGCAGCACAGACCACCGCGGGGUUCCAGGCAAGCCUGGAAGAGUUGUGACUCUUGUUGAAGAUCCUGAGGGUUGUGUAUGGGGUGUUGCUUACAAACUGCCAGUAGGAAAGGAAGAAGAAGUAAAAGCAUACCUUGACUUUAGAGAGAAAGGAGGCUACAGGACCUCAACAGUCAUUUUUUAUCCAAAAGAUCCCACCACAAAACCAUUUAGUGUGUUGCUGUAUAUUGGAACAUGUGAUAAUCCUAAUUAUCUUGGACCUGCCCCUCUGGAAGAUAUUGCGGAACAAAUUUUUAACGCAGCUGGUCCAAGUGGAAAAAAUACAGAAUAUCUUUUUGAACUUGCAAAUUCUAUUAGGAAUCUUGUGCCAGAAGAUGCGGACGAGCAUCUUUUCUCUUUGGAAAAAUUAGUAAAGGAACGUUUAGAAGGAAAACAGAACCUCAAUUGCAUAUGAAACUUAGUCAUUGACUUUUCAAAACAAGCAGUUUUUAGUCUUCAGAAAACAGCUUCAGUGCACAAAGGCAAUAUGAUUUGGAAAUGUAUUAACUUGACGAUCUUAUUUAUUUUUAUGUUGUACUUAGAAUAUCCUCUAAAUUUGUAGUUUGAUUGCAAGUGUCCUGAAAACAUAUUCAAAAUACUAAGAUAUAGUUAAAGAAAAACUCAAGUUUUAAUAGUAUGCAUGAUUUUCUAACUAUAUGAUAUUGAACUUCUGCUCAUUAGGAGUGAGUUCUUUAGAAUAAUACAGUGACAGAAUUAGUCUGGUUCUUGUUUUCAUCAGAGUACAAAUUAUUCUAUUGUUUCAUAUUACAAUACUGUUCUGAAGUCAUAGAGAAUUAAAUCAGAAGUCCAGUAAAUAUAUGAUAAUGUUUUGCCUUCUCUAUAUGCUGUAAGGUAAUUCUGUAACCAUGGUUUAAAACAUAAAAACUUAAAAUAAUAUGUGAUUAGAAAUGUAAGGUAACACAGACAAGAUUUCAGCCUUAAUUGUAAAUUUUCUUGUUAUUCAGGUAUUAAAUGAAACCUUUUCAAAUUUAAGUUUAAAAAAAUGGCAUUUUUAAUAUAAAAAUGUCCUUGGCAUUAUA